CUGUUACACUAGGUCCAGGCACAUGGGCCAGGGCCUUUUUGUUUUUUUCCAUACACAUUUUUAGUCUGUUCUUUAUUGAACUCUCCAGGAGAGAGUAGAGCAAGCACAUGUCAGAUAGUAGAAGCUAACCGUUAGCAUUAUCAACUCUACAACAUUGAACUUGUUCAGGCUUGUAUUAUUUGCAAAGAUAAAAGUCAAUGUUACAAAACGAACUGAGGAAGUGGGAGAAUUGCAUUCUUGUUGGCCAAUCAGAGGCGAGAGAUUUAAACAAGAAUGACUUCAAAUGCUGUUUCCUGCUCCCCACUAUUUUGGCUAAUUUCUACUUCCUGAAACAGAAGCGCCAGAGCAUCUUUUUCACAUUAAAUGGCUCACACGGCGUUCAGUUAUACUAGACCACAGCAAAUGCAUUGGUAUUUUGACUAAAUGAUAGCUUUAAGGUAAUAGUUUGGGGUAAUACUGAUGUAAGAUAAUACUUUUCAUCUCUAUGUUUUGUAAAAAUUAUUUUAUUUUAUUAGGUCUUUUCAGUGAAGUUCAGUUUAUGCUUCAAUAAGAUAUAAGGAGUAAAUAUGUUUUCUACCAAGCGGUCGACAAGUUAGAGGCACAGUACAAAGCAUAAAUAUUCCUCAGUUUCUCUUCAGAUGGAGGAAUGGAUGCUGAAAAGGGGCAGUUACAUAAAGUGCUGCUCCGUUUGCACCAGCUGGCCUGAGCUGUGGAACACGGGGUUAAGCUCCCAAAUAGACGACUCCCCUUUAAGGACCCUUCGUUCCUCAGAUGUUUGGAUUAAAAAUACUGAAUUUGACUUCUGGCACUCAUCAAAUUUGGCAUUUCUUUUUAGUGUCAGGUUUUUAAUCCAUGUUGAUAUCAAAAGAAAACCAUACACAGCACAUUCUUUCAUCUUUUCUGUAGGUAUGUGCCCUCAUAAAUCCCCGCUCUGAAUCACAUAAUAUUCUUUGAAGAAACGGUAAAAUGCAGUGGCUCUGUAAUGAAAUGUCAUAAAUCAGUAAAAAUAAAAAGUAAUCAAUCAAUUCUGGCAGUUGGAGUGGAAAAUGAUUAUUUGUGGUUUAUAUAAAACAUAAUGUUGGGAGAGGAGGAGAGAGAGAGAGACCUGAGGACAUUUAGUUUUGGUAGAUGGGAGGGUGAAACAGAAGAGGAGAUGGAGUGAGUGAGGGUGUCUGGGAAGAAAACAUUCCAGCUUGCAAAUUUUCACUGGAAAAAAGUUAGAAUAGAUUAUCGGUGUUAGGAUCCAUGUUUUGUUAGAAGCUGUGCUGCAGGCAUGACUUUGGUUUCAGGAUGGUGGAUUUUCCUUCUGGGAGUUUUUAAAAUGACAGCAUGUCUAGCUGCAAACUACCCAUACAUUCACUAUAGAAGGCUCUGCUACAGGCCCUACUGUUACCAUGGAUACAACCUCGGGUAUGUGGCACCAGAUAUUGAUGAAUGCCAGGUCCAUAAUGGCGGCUGCCAGCACAGAUGUGUUAACACCAGGGGCUCCUACUACUGUGAAUGCCUCCCCGGCUCUCGCCUCCACGUGGACGGACGCACCUGCCUCUCUGUCCUUAAGUGUGCCAUCAACAACGGGGGAUGUGAGCACGUUUGUGUGCAGCAGUCUGCUUCUCAUUUUCGCUGCCGGUGCAAGCCAAAUUACAUGCUGGCAGAGGAUGGCAAGCACUGUCAAUUGCAGAAUCCUUGUGUGGAUCACAAUGGAGGCUGCAUGCAUCGGUGUCGAGUUGUGGGAGGAAAGGUGGAGUGUGACUGUAAAGCUGGCUUCGAGCUGGCUGAAGAUGGAAAAACCUGUGAAGACAUCGACGAGUGCAAGAAAGCCAGCUGUGCUCACGGCUGCCACAACACCCUGGGUUCUUACGCUUGCGUUUGCAACGCUGCCUAUGAGCUGGGAUCUGAUGGAAAACAGUGUUACAGAAUAGAGAUGGAGAUUGUGAACAGCUGUGAGAGCAACCAUGGCGGAUGCUCUCACCAUUGCCACCACUCGACCAGCGGACCAGUCUGCAGCUGCAACCAGGGCUUCCAGCUGGGCGAAGACCUCAAAACCUGCACUGAUGUGGAUGAGUGUGGAGAGCAGAGCUCCUGUUGUGAGCAGGACUGCACCAACUACCCUGGAGGUUACGAGUGCUACUGCUCAGCGGGAUACAGACUCGGCUCAGAUGGAUGUAGCUGUGAUGAUACAGACGAAUGUCUGGCUGCUAACGGGGGCUGCGCUCACACAUGUCAGAACACUGCUGGUUCCUUCCAGUGCUUCUGCCGUCGGGGUUUCCGACUGGACGAUGAUCGACGCUCCUGCAUUCCUCUUGAAGGUGCGAUCGAAGCCUUUUCCAGCGGAGGAACCAUCGAGUUGCCUCUGGUCCGGCCUCAGCUCACCUUGCUGCAGGAUUACAGCCAACUCCUGGAGCGCUUUGAUGACUACGAAGAUGACGACAGGGAGCUGAGGGCUGAGAGCAGCCUGGCAGAGAAGUUUGUGUGUUUGGAUGACACUUUUGGCAGCGAUUGCAGUCUCACGUGUGACGACUGCACUAAUGGGGGAACAUGCAACAUGUGGAGGAAUGGCUGUGACUGCACGAAUGGAUGGACAGGAAUAAUCUGCAAUCAGACAUGUCCCGAGGGGCAUUUUGGUAAAAACUGCUCGUUUGCCUGUAAAUGUAAAAAUGGGGCCAGCUGUGAUCCGGCCACUGGAAGCUGCCGCUGCCCUCCGGGUGUGAGUGGAGAUCUGUGCCAGGAUGGCUGCCCUAAGGGCUUCUACGGAAAGUUGUGCAACAAGAGGUGUAACUGUGCCAAUAAUGGCCGCUGCCAUCGGACUUAUGGAGCUUGUCUGUGUGAUCCAGGACUCUACGGACGCUUCUGUCACCUCCCCUGUCCCAAGUGGACAUUUGGAGCCGGAUGCUCUCAGGAGUGUCGCUGUGAUCAGAAAAACACUAAGGAGUGUCACCGUCAACAUGGGACUUGUGUUUGCAAACCUGGUUACCAUGGAAACACCUGCAAAGAGGAAUGUAAACCAGGAUCUUAUGGAUUUGGCUGUGAGAGGAAAUGUUCCUGUCCACCAGGAGUGUCCUGUGAUCAUGUGACUGGAGAAUGCCAACGGAAAUGUCCUCCUGGGUAUCACGGAGAGAAAUGUGAACAAGAGUGUUCAGAAGGACAGUUUGGAACUGGUUGUGUCCAUCCUUGCAACUGCAGCAGAGCUCCAUGCGACAAAGUGACGGGGCAGUGCCAGUGUCCAGCCGGGACAUUUGGACAACACUGUGAGAACUUGUGUCCGGAGGGUUUCUGGGGUCUCGGCUGCAAACAAACCUGCCCGGCUUGUGAGAACGGAGGAGUGUGUGAUAAACACAGCGGCUCGUGCAACUGCCUGACCGGAUUCAUAGGAAGACUGUGUCAAAACUCAUGCCCGAGUGGAAACUUCGGUCAAAGAUGCCAGAUGAAAUGCGUGUGUGAGAACAAUGCUCGCUGUGACCCAGUGAGUGGGCGGUGUAGCUGCUCCCCUGGGUGGACUGGACACAACUGCGGGAAAGCCUGUGAUUCAGGACACUGGGGAGCUGACUGUGCAGAAACCUGCAACUGCAGAAAUGGAGAUGGUGGAUGUGAUGCUGUGACGGGCCAGUGCAUCUGUGAGGCUGGUUUUACUGGAAAUCGUUGCGAUCAGAAGUGCCCGGCGGGUAUGUUUGGCCUUGGAUGUCUCCAUCGGUGUCAGUGUGAAAACAGAGCCUUGUGUGACCAUGUGAGUGGAGCUUGUACAUGCCAGGUGGGAUGGACGGGCACCUUCUGCGAGAAGCCAUGUCCUCAGGGCUUCUAUGGUCUGGACUGCCAGAAGAAGUGUUUGUGUCUGAAUGGCGGGAGCUGUGAUCACAUCACCGGCAUCUGCUCUUGUCCAAGUGGCUGGAUCGGGCCUUCCUGCAACCUGACAUGUCCAGCUGGCUUCCAUGGGAAGGGAUGUAACCAAACCUGCGUGUGUCUGAAUGGUGGCAUCUGCCACCUGGCCAGCGGAGAGUGUGUGUGCACGCCGGGCUGGAUCGGACCCAAGUGCGCAGACGAAUGCCCCGCUGGCUUUUAUGGAGCAGACUGCCAGCAGCGCUGCUUGUGUCAGAAUGGAGCCACCUGUAAUAAAACUGAUGGAAAAUGUUUGUGUGAGAGCGGAUGGACGGGAACAGCCUGUGAACUGGAGUGUGCAGCAGGUCGUUUUGGAGUGGACUGCCAGCAGAUGUGUGAUUGUGAAAAUGGAGGCCAGUGCAACAUAAAGACGGGCCGCUGCCGCUGCACCAGCGGCUGGACCGGAGAUCGCUGUGAUGAAGCGUGCAAAUCUGGCCUGUUUGGUGUCAGAUGCAAGGAGAGAUGUCGGUGUGCGCACGGGGCUUCCUGUCAUCACGUGACUGGGGAUUGUCAGUGUCCGCCGGGGUGGAGGGGGAAGCUCUGUGAUAAAGUGUGUUUGCCGGGUAUGUUUGGGGAGCGUUGCAUGCAGCGCUGCAGCUGUGCACAGGGCACGUCCUGCCACCACGUCUCUGGAGAGUGUGGCUGUCCUCCUGGAUUCACAGGAAACGGCUGUGAACAGACUUGUAUCCCAGGAACAUUUGGACUAAACUGUAAUCAGGUCUGCCAGUGUUCAGAGACGAACCAGUUCUGCCACCCGGUGUCUGGAUUGUGUUACUGCGCUCCAGGUUUCCUUGGGCCCAAAUGUGACCAAAUUUGUGAAGAUGGUCGAUACGGUCCAAGCUGUGAGCGAGAGUGUCAAUGCAAAAAUGGAGGGAAGUGUGCUCCUUCAACGGGAGUGUGUGAAUGUCCAGCAGGAUUUAUUGGACCACGCUGCAACAUCACGUGUCCUGCCGGGCGUUACGGAGUCAACUGCUCUCAGGUGGCCCUGUGUGGCGAUGGAGCCCAGAACGACCCAAUCACAGGUCGAUGUGUGUGCGCCCCUGGUCGCAGAGGAGAGGGCUGUAAUCAAGGCUGCCCUUCAGGCUGGUUUGGAGCAGAAUGCAACCAACGCUGUAAUUGCAGCAACCAAGGACUGUGCGAUCCUGCAACCGGCAACUGCACCUGUGGUCUGGGCUGGACGGGUGAUCGCUGCGACAAAGAGUGUCCUGCGGGCCGAUUCGGUGCCAACUGUCAGCUAAAAUGCAGCUGUCACAAUAAUGGCUCUUGUGACAGAGUGAUGGGGACGUGUCGGUGCGGUCCGGGCUACUACGGACUUCUGUGUGAACAUGCUUGUCCUCCCGGUUUCCACGGGCCGCUGUGUCAGCUGCAGUGCGACUGUAUGAACGGCGCCUCCUGUCAGCCGGUGUCGGGCGAGUGCGUCUGCCCUCCAGGAUACCACGGAGCCCUGUGUCACAGGGUGUGUGAGCGGGGCCGCUACGGUCAGGACUGCAUCCAGGAGUGUGACUGUGACAACCGGACUCCGUGUGACUCUGUGACCGGAAAAUGCUUCUGCCCUCCAGGGAAGACUGGACCCAGAUGUGAUACUGACUGCAGAGCCGAUCGUUACGGGCCGGACUGCACGGAGACGUGCGAGUGUGAGAAUGGAGCCCCGUGUGACCGUCGCAGUGGCCGCUGCCUCUGUCCUCACAGCUGGAUCGGACUUCUCUGUCAGGAAGGGGGGCCUCCGCGCUAUGCCCAUGGGAGCAGCAGAGGGGACUUGCAACAUAUUACACCAGCUCCAUCUAGCAGGAGAACUAAAACAGAUGAGCCAGUUUUUACUGAAGAGGCUGAAGUGAAAGGACGAGUCUGACAGGAUGAACAGGAAACAAACUGAUGAGAAGCAGAGACUCCAAACUGGAUCAGCGGGAUAAAAGUGACAAUAUUCCCACCUUCAAAGUGCAGAGUGAGAGACUGUGUUUGCCUCCACAGCACUUUCAGCGAUUAUGUUGCAGGUACUGUAUAUGAAUCAUCUGACAACUCAGAGACUGAAUCCGAUGCUGAGGUUGUUUUAGAAAGUAGAUCUGAAGAGUUACUGGAACAGGUUGUGUAUAAAUUGCUUCGUAUUUAUAUUUUAAACGGAUGUUUACAGAGCAAAAAGACUUUAAACCAACCACCCACCUUCUUAAACAUCCCAAAUAAAGACAGACACACCCAG